GCCUCCCCCAGAAAGUCAUCAAGCACUGGUUCCGUAACACCCUCUUUAAAGAGAGGCAACGAAGCAAAGAUUCUCCUUAUAACUUCAACAUUCCACCUAUUACCACAUUGGAGGAUAUUAGGCUGGAGUCCCAGUAYAGUACACUGGAGUACUACAGGACUGAUGCCACYWUGAACAARMGGUCCWCCAGGACAAGGUUCACUGACUACCAACUAAGGGUCCUGCAGGACUUCUUUGACACAAACGCUUACCCGAAAGACGAUGAGAUUGAGCAGCUCUCCACUGUGCUUAACCUGCCAUCGAGGGUAAUCGUUGUGUGGUUCCAAAACGCCCGCCAGAAGGCCCGGAAGAGCUAYGAGAACCAGGCAGAUGCUAAAGACAACGAGARGAAAGAACUGACRAAUGAGCGCUACAUCCGCACCAGCAACAUGCAGUACCAGUGCAAGAAAUGYAGUGUGGUGUUCCCRCGAAUCUUYGACCUGAUCACCCACCAGAAGAARACGUGCUACAAGGAYGAGGAUGAGGAAGGGAAUGAGGACAACCARUCUGARGAGUACAUGGAUAURGGAGARCCAKGCSCAGCCAAGCACCCWGAGUCAUCCAAGCAUCAYCAUGKAACAGCCACUAGCUCAGGCUCCAGYUCCCCUCUGAUGCCCUCCCCUCRCYCCAACCUGGRRAAGACMUYSCCCAAGCCUGAACCKCCCUCUGAGCCCAARCCUAAAGAKCCAGAACCUGCCCCUUCYCCAGUUAUGAURAAGUCUCUACCRGASCCCAGACCCUCCAAGGCCUCCACCCCUCAGCCACCCCCUCAGCCACCCCCUCAGAAGACCCCCCAGCCCCAGAUGUCCAGACCCCACUCCCAGCCUCAGUCAGCCRCCAUCCCCUCCAGCCCCCUCUCYCUSGCCCUCUCCUCCCUCACYAACAGCCUCYCUCCCCAGAUGCUCCAAUACCAGUGYGACCAGUGCAAGAUAGCCUUCCCAAGCAUUGAGCUAUGGCAGGAGCACCAACAUAUGCAUUUCCUGGCAGCCCAGAACCAGUUCCUCCAUUCCCAGUUCYUGGAAAGGCCCAUGGACAUGCCYUAUAUGAUCUUCGACCCCAAUAAYCCUCUGAUGACUAGCCAGCUKCURUCKGGAGGACUCCAGAUGCCAAYUCAAAGCGGCUCUGGUUUGUCCUCAGGYCCYWGCUCUGGCUCCAUGAAGAGAAAACUAGAYGAGAAAGAGGAUGGAUCCAAUGAAAAAGAUAACGGAAACAUGACUGAAGAACAGCACAGAGACAAACGUCUCAGAACYACCAUCACCCCAGAACAACUAGAGAUCCUCUAYGACAAAUACUUGCUGGACUCMAAYCCCACAAGGAAGAUGCUGGAUCACAUCGCCCGUGAGGUCGGCCUGAAGAAGAGAGUGGUGCAGGUGUGGUUUCAGAACACACGYGCCCGAGAGAGAAAGGGACAGUUCAGAGCWYUGGGGSCCUCCCAGUCACAYAAGAAAUGCCCUUUUUGCCGGGCGCUGUUCAAGGCCAAGUCAGCUUUGGACAGCCAUAUCYGCUCUAGACACUGGCAUGAAGCCAAACAGGCAGGGUUUAGUCUGCCAAAUAGCCCAAUGAUGAACCAAGAUGAUGGAGGCGAGAGCCCGCACAAGUACAACUUCUUUGAGUACUCGCAGCUGCCCACCAAGACUGAGCCGAAUGAAUACGAGCUGCCCGCAGCUUCCUCAACGCCAGUCAAACAAUCUGAGGCACCGUUAAAAAACUUAUUGAGCCCUUCAUCCUUAAAAGCAGAAAACUGUGAUGAAUCUGAAGGGCUUAACAUUAAUUCUGCAGAGGCCUCAUCCUACGACAUCAACAACAAAAUGGACUUUGACGAAACCUCGUCCAUCAACACGGCCAUAAGUGACGCCACAACCGGAGACGAAGGCAACAACGAGUUAGAGAGCCUCACGGCCAAUGGAGGGGACAAGCUGGGAUGCGACAGCAAGAGCAACCAGGCCCAGAGCUCUGACGGGGGUGGCGACGACCGCUUCCCCUUCAGCAUGGUGAGCCCCUCCCUUAGCUACUCGGGCAAGGACGGAGACUCCUGCUCCUACUCCUACUCCUACUACAGCUCCAGAGAUGACGACAUGGACGACAACAACGACCAGAGCGAGACCUCCAGCCUGACCGACCCCAGCUCUCCCAGCCCCUUCGGAAGUGGAAACCCCUUCAAGUCUGGGAAGGGCAGCGGCAGUGGUGGCGAUAGACCAGGCCACAAGCGCUUCAGGACUCAGAUGAGCAACCUUCAGCUGAAAGUCCUCAAAGCUUGCUUUAGCGACUACCGCACACCAACCAUGCAUGAGUGUGAGAUGCUGGGCAGCGAGAUUGGCCUCCCCAAGCGCGUGAUUCAGGUGUGGUUCCAGAAUGCCCGCGCCAAGGAAAAGAAGUUCAAAAUCAACAUCGGAAAGCCAUUCAUGAUCAGUCAAGGCGGGCCGGAUGGGCCCCGGCCGGAGUGUACUUUGUGUGGUGUGAA